AUGGUGUCCUGGAAGGACGACGGAACUAGCAGCGAAGAGUCUGUGUCCCCCCUUUUCAACUCGCACGCGGACGAGACCUAUAUCCCACAGACCAUUGUUGACUCGGACUGGUGCGGUAUUGUUGCCGGAGGACCGAUGUGCUAUCACAACCUUCCUGUUCAUAGGGCUGUUGUGUUCCAAGGAAUCAACACUGGCCGUAGGUUUUAUGGAUGCGGUAAUCAGGAAGGUGACAAUUGUGGUCUGGUUCAAUGGAUUGACCUAGAAUGGCCAGAACCCAUGAAAAAUGCACUUCGCAAACUUUGGGAUAUGUAUGAGCAGAGUAGCAAAGAGAAUGAUGCUAAAGAAAAGCUCAUACUCAAGCUGGGAGAAGAGAAGAAGCUAAUCCAAGAGAAGCACCACAACCACAUCAAAGAAACAAUUCAAGCCCAGGAAGAGAAGGCUAAGCUUGAGAAAGACAAUAUUGAGCUGAGGACAACACUGCAAGUCAUUAAGCAGAGCAAUGAUGAGCUUGUUAGCAAUUGGAAGAAACAUGUAGCAGAUGAAGGUCUUCAACAGAUUGAACAGAUGAAGAAGGGGAAGAAAAAGCUAGAGUAUAUCAUAGCUGAUUUGCUUAAGGAUGGGGAGGCAAACAAGGUUAAGAUGAGGAAAAUCAAAGAAAUCUGUGAUGAGUGA